UGUGCUAUCGGUGUGAAGGUCCCAAUAGCGUUGAGAAUGAUGGGUAUGAUCUGGUGUGUCUUACUUGCAUCGGUGCUUCGGGCUGUGCAAGGUGCGGUUGUGGGCGACAGCCAGUGCUAUGGUCCUCUUGGUUGCAUCACAAUCAGUUCGGAUUUCUACCACAAGCAGCACAGACCGGCGAACAUGCUGCCCAUGACGCGAGAGCAGAUCAACGCGAAGUUCACUCUGUUCACUCGUAGCAACUUGUUACAAGCCGACGUCCUAUCUUGGUCAUCCACUGAACAAGACAUCAAGCUAUCUCACUUUCAACCUACGCGGCCCACAAAGCUCAUCACGCACGGUUGGAUCGACAAUAUUGACCUCACUGAUUGGAUGAUUAAAAUGAAGGACGCCUACCUAGCGAAGGACGACUGCAAUGUCGUACUGGUCGAUUGGAAAGAUGGAACGCUGCAGUCAUAUGUCCAUGCAGUGGCCAACACAAGACUCGUUGGAGCCGAAAUUGCCCUGUUUGUCAACAAGUUAAAGAACACUACAGGAGCCGAUCCAAGGACGUUCCACGCCAUUGGACACAGCCUCGGGGCACACAUUAUGGGUUACUCCGGGGAACGAAUCAACAGGCUAGGUCGUAUCACAGGGUUAGACCCUGCUGAACCUCACUUCCAGAAAAUGCCUCCAUCCGUACGACUGGAUCCAACGGACGGCGAGUUUGUGGAUAUCAUCCAUACCGACAGCACUGCGUAUUCAAAAUCGCUGUAUGAUUUCUUCGGCAUGGGAAUGGAGGACCCAUCUGGACACGUAGACUUCUAUCCGAACGGUGGACAAAACAUGCCUGGAUGCAACACCCUCAAGAGACUCUUCAGCGUACUGACUGAUGGGCUUACCAAAGGUAUGCGCCAAAUCGUCAGCUGCAACCACCAACGAGCCCUGGCGUACAUGCUGAGUUCCAUCAUAAACUCCGACUGUGUGCCCUUGGGGCUCGAGUGCUCGUCGUACGACGCGUUCCUCAAGGGCCAUUGCGCAAACUGCGGCGCGGACGGUUCCUCCUGCGCGCCAAUGGGAUACCAUGCGGACGCGUGGAGACGAUUCAGGAACGACACGCGAGUGCGGAAAAUGUACCUGGUUACAAAUGCCAACAAGCCUUUCUGUGCUCACCAGUACUACGUAGCCGUCCAUACCGGUCCGGACAACGGAAUGGUACCUUCUCAUGGUGAUAUCUACCUCACUCUCAAAGGAAGCAAAGGGAAUGCUAAAGUUAGACUGAAUAAAAAGUCAAUGACGUUCCUGCGCCACGCCGUGUACACCUUCAUCGCACAUACCACGACAGACAUAGGACGUAUAACAGGCAUCGAUUUCUUGUUCGACAGUGGAUUUCUUUCUCGACACCGGUUCCCGCUAGACUACGUCGAAGUUCGCCCACUUGCAUUCAAUCUAGUGUCUCCCAGUCGCACCAAGAAUGAAGAUCUCAAGUUUCGAUCAUCAACGCAAGAGGUCACUUCGGGAAAACAAAUGACGCUCCAUCGAUGACGGCGUUCAUGUUAACUCUGUUUCGAACUGUACAUACUGGAAUACCUGUGUUAUCCGCAUUUCAUUGUUUAAACAUUGCAUCCCUACGUUUUCAUCUUGCAUUCAUUUUUGAUGCAAUUUAUUGUAUAUUCUCUGAAUCCGUCACAUUUCUACCACUGUGGCGUAGAAAUAGAACUUAUGUUCCAGUCAUCGUAACACAUUAAUUGGAUUCAGGCAAGAGAUAAUGUAGUGCCGUGCUCAAUCCGCACAUCGACAUGUCCUGUCUCGCUCAACAAAAUUUGUUACCGCGUUGUUUCACAAUGGUGACUGUGCCACGGAGAGAGCAUAGAGUGACACUGAAGAAGUAAGAAUCUUGUGUGCUGUUGCUAUGGCCAUAAUUGCUGAUGUUAUGUUUUUAAAUGUACACGAUUCUGGAAAACAAAUAUAAUCGUCUUCAU